AUGAGCGUGCUAAGCCUCGCUAACGGAGUGGUACCCAGUCGCUAUGAAUUGGAGCUUGAGCUUGAUCACCAAAAGGCCAAUUUCAGAGGCCAAUUGAUCGCGCAAUUGCACGCCGUUGCGGGAUGCGCUGAAUUGAAACAGUUCUCGCUACAUGGAGACGGUCUCAUCGUUCUAUCGGCCAAUAUUGGAAACGUGAAGCUCAAGGUGUCGUAUGAUAGACCUGGACGCAAGAUUGACUUCGCUGCUGAGUCACCAAUUGAUUUAUCGAGCGGCACCGUCGCACCGCUGGCUCUGGCCUACGUUGGUACCGUCCACGCUAUCAAGACGUUCCAGGAGCCCACUCGCGGAGUCUUCAAAACCAAUUUUAUGCGGUACGAUACUGGCAAGAGCGAUAACUUUGUGAUAGCCACGCAUGCGCAGCCAGGAUUCGCGCGCAUGAUCUUCCCCUGUAUUGAUGAACCCAACCACAAGGCGCAAUUUCAGCUCACGAUCACCUCAGAUCAACGCUUCAAAGUGAUCUCGAACACAGCACAACUAACUGAACAUGAGCUCGAUAAUUCGCGCAAAAGCGUAAAGUUCGGCGUCACGCCUUCUAUGACCCCAUCACUUUUCGGUUUUGUAGCGGGAGAUCUUGAAUUCAUCCAGUCCACUGUGAAGCUACCUCAAGGCAACCUGCCGAUUCGCUUUUAUGCUCCUCAGCAAAUCGAGCAUGCAGCCUUUGGGCUUGAUACUGUGCAGAAGGCGUUUCCAGCGUUACAGUCCUAUUUCCAAUGCGAUUAUCCUGUGAGCAAACUCGACUUUGUCCUAUUGCCAUUCCUGACAGACAUGGCUAUGGAGAAUUUCGGUAUGAUCACGGUGCAGCAAGACAACCUGCUAUUGAGCCCCACUGCUUUAGCGGAUAAAAGUGUUCAAACUCAGGUAAAGCAACUGAUUGUGCAUGAAAUGGUUCAUCAGUGGAUGGGGAACUACAUCUCCUUUGAUUCAUGGGAGCAUCUAUGGUUCAAUGAAUCUUUCGCAACUUGGUGUGCAUGCGAAAUACUAGAUGCAAUAGAUCAAACAGAGUACUACUACUCCGACGAAUACUUGCAUCAAUUGGAUGUUUGUCUUCGUGGAGAUUCGGAAUUAUCGUCCCAGAGCAUUUCUGCAUCUUCUAAGAAAGAUGGAAUCAUUCAAACGUCAGAAGCUGUAGAUCCACACAAUUACGCCAAGGGUAUUUCAUUGAUAAGGUCCCUAAGUUGCUGUAUUGGAGAAGAUAUUUUCAAAAAGGCCUUACGGAAGGUGUUUGCUGCUCACGAAUUUCAUGACAAGAGUAUCAAGCCCUCGGACAUUUGGUCGUACAUGGGAAAAGAGCUUCACUCUUCCAAUAUUUCAAACUACAUGUAUUCAUGGGUCCAGACACCAGGGAUCCCGAUACUACAUGUUACCUCCGACGGUUCUCUCACCAGUUUAGUUCAGCACAGAUUCGUGUCAUCGGGUGAAACAGAUCAUGAAGAUGUUCCCUACCAUAUUCCACUUUUCAUGAAACUUACAGACGGCUCUCUCGACCAGAAACAGGUACUUUUGACUGAUAGAUCCACUAAGAUUGAUUAUCCAAUUCUUCUUUGCAAUUCCGACGCCAAAGGUUAUUAUCGCGUAUCCUACGAAUCACAAGAGUGCUAUGAACUUAUGAAAAAGGGUUUGGAGGAAGGGUUAGUAUCAGGAACGGAUCUUUACAAAUUUUUCCAAGAUCUUAAAUAUUUCAUCGGCAACGAAGCUUAUCAAAAACAAGAGCACUUGGACGGAGUUUUAGAUGUAUUAAGGUAUAUUGCACAGAAGAUAUCACUUGAGAAGUCUCCACAGCUUUACCGCGGUUUAGGUGUUGGAUUAGAGAUCCUGCAGACGAUUGAAUUGAGUGUUAUUGCAUAUCGUGGUGAUGCUGAAAAUUUGAACAUCUUAGAAACUGUAAUCAUGCCUCUUUUUAAGCAGAUUACGUGGCCAAGUCAGUUCGAGAAUGUUAAGUAUGGUAGUGCUCAGCUGCAAUUGAUGUCUCAAGUCUUGUUUGCUGCAAAAGACACCAGUGAGGCGCACGAGAUAGCAACGCGGUAUUUCAAAAAGGUUAUGCAGGGACCCAACGCAUCAAUUCCUUCUGAAAUUGUUGGCAGUGUGUUUGCUACUAUUUCUCAGCAUACGUCAAGCAUAAAGAACUGGAAAAAGCUAAACGAGCUGGUUAAAUCUAGCGCUGCUGUAGCACCCCAUGUUUCAAAUGCUUCACCCGUGGACCUACAAAAUGCGGCGAUUGAAAAUCUCUCGUUUUCAACUGAUCCAGCCGUUGUGACUAAGAUCCUGAAUUUUGUGAUGACAAACAUUGACUCCUCUAGUAUUGAAAAAGCGCUAUUUGGCUUAGCUUAUAAUGCUCAUAGAGAUAGUGGUAAUUCCAAAGUAAGAGAUUCGGUUUGGACAUGGUUCAAUCUUCACUAUGACAUAUGGGCUAAGAAGUCGUUCCGCGAUGGUUCUGAUACUAGCGCACGUCUUAAGAAAACUCUCAUAAGUAUUUCGAUUAUAGUUUUCGAAAUGUGGCUAGAUAAGCCUGAGCAGAUUGAUACGUUUGUUACGAUGAAGCAAAGUAAAUUUGGUCAACUAUCGAAUGUUCAGGAGAUUUGGAACUCACUCAAGAAGGGCCAACUGAAGAAAAUGAAAAUAUAUCAAGGUAUUUUAGGAUUUUAA